AAACAAUAAUAUUCGCAGUGUGAGUGUUUUUUUUAUCUUCUUUUCUUGCUCCUCAUCUCUCCAUCCAUUCAUAGUAUAAGUACCAGUCAGCAUCAGGGGGAUUGGUGUAAAAAAGCAUCGCAUUUUUUUGUAGUUCAACAACUACCACAAUUUGCUUGGAAUUCUUCAUUUCGAAUUGUUCUCACUUUAGGAGUGUGUUGCAGAAAUACAUUGAAAAGCCUGGGCAGACAAAUAAAAAAACCUAAGUUCUUAGUUUCUUAGUUUAAAAAAGUGCGUAUAAUUCUUCUUCAUUCGCAUUUUAAAAUUGAUGGCGUUUGUUGCAUGUAAUUGUUGAUAAAUUUGACUACAAUUUGUGUCGUUUAAAAAAAAAAAAGAUAAAAGGUGUUGUGCAUGCUUUUAUGUUUUCGUCAAACGUCUUUAAUGGGUCAAUCGUAAUAAUAUUCAGUAAGUCUAUGGUAGACGUCAAAGUAAUUCGAUGAAAAAGUUUUUAAACGAGUGUGUGAUGGGGGAAAAACCAACGUCAUUUUCUUCAUUCGUCGAACAUUAAAACGUCAAAAAAUCAAAACCCAAAUGACAAACAAUCAACAUUCUAGGAAUUUAUGCAUUAUUUUUCGUUGAAUAGUUUGCAUUCAGUGUAUAGCAUGAAAAAUAAAUAGAUGCAGAGAGCAAAGAGACAAGUUUAAUUGUAAAUAAGUUUAACUGAAAAAAAUAAACAGCAACAGCAUCAAAGACGAACAACAACAAACGAAAUCAAAACGAAAUUAGAUGUACGAAGCCUGAAAGUUACAUUCAAUGUUAAAUCCAUUUCAUCACAUUAUGGGUUAUUAUUAAUUUUAAUCAUAUGAUCAAAGACGUAUUUCAUGCCCAUCGAAGUAUUCAAAAUACAUAAAUAAUUCGAAAUUUAUGCGACGAAAAUGAAUGUCGAAGAGAAUCGUUUACAGACAUUUUCAAAUUGGCCCGAAGAUGCACCAGUUGAAGCCGGACGUGUUGCGAGAGGCGGUUUUUUUGCCACUGGCACUGGACUCGAGGUACAGUGUCAUUGGUGUGGUUUAAGAAUCAGUGAAUGGGACUAUGGUGAUCAGCUGUUUCAGGUGAUGGGAAAACAUCGUCGAUUGAAACCAGGUUGUCCAUUCAUAACAAAUCCCACGAGUUCGGGUAAUGUUCCAAUAAAUAAUUUACAACCAACAACAGCAACACCUGCAGCAGCAACAACAACAACAAUAGCAACCAUGUCGGGCGGUACGGAAUUGCCCGGGAAUGAUCUCAUGAAUGAACAAUGUCGCUUAUCAACAUUCACCAAUUGGCCUGUACCAUACAUUUCACCACAGACUCUGGCAAAAGCUGGCUUUUAUUAUUUUAACAAUACAGAUCAGGUGAAGUGUGCAUGGUGUCAGGGUGUGAUAGCUAAAUGGGAAGUCGGUGAUAAUCCAUUUACUGAGCAUUUAAAAUUCUUUCCAAAUUGUCCACGAGCGCAGCUCGGUCCAAAUGUUGAAAUUCAAACCGAAGAAUCGAUACGAUCGCUAGGCAUUCAACAAAUUCGGGCACCAAAAAAGGGAAUGUACAGUUCAUUAGAUGCACGAUUACGAUCAUUUGCAAAUUGGCCAAGAAGUUCGAUACAAUUGCCGGAAACAUUGGCCACCGCUGGUUUUUAUUAUGAAAAUACCGACGAUCAAGUGUUAUGCUUUCAAUGCAACGGUGGCCUACGGUCGUGGCAACGUGAAGACGAUGCAUGGUUUGAACAUGCACGCUGGUUUCCAAAAUGUGAAUUUGUUCAAUUGGUUAAAGGGCCACAAUAUAUAGCACAAGUUCAGCAACAGUCACGGCCAACAUUGAAUCUAGACGAAGCAAUGUCCGGUGAACCAGUACAGAAAGCCUUGUCGAUGGGAUUAAGCGAAGGUAGAAUACGUGCCGUUACCAAAUAUCAUUUAGAACGUUUCGGUAGCCCAUUUAAAUGUGCUGAAGCACUCAUCGAAUCGGUAUUAGAUUAUCAACGCGAAGAAGAACAACAACAGGGCUUAGAUGAUGGUGACGAUGAUGAAGAACAAAGCAGUUCCGCCAUUGUUCGAGAAGUUGGACGAAUCCUAGAUACGAUAUUUAAUAAUUACCACGACUCAUCGACGUCGUCAUCGACGAUGGGUGUUGAUGAUUAUCCAAAUGAUCCACCAUCACAAUCGAGCCAAUCAACCACCAUUAGCUGGCCAUCGUCGUCAACAUCAACGUCAUCGUCAACAAAUAGCAACAACAGCGACUUAGCGCGACGGGAUUAUUUUGAUUAUAUCGUUGAUGCUAGGGAGUCGAGAGAAGCUAUCAAUAACAUAGUACAUGCAAUAGCUGCUGCUGAAUCAUCGUCAUCAUCAACAUCAUCACCGCAAAAAGUCCACGCCACAAAUCAAAUUGAAAAUGAUUCAUCAACAGUUACGGAAAACCCUACUGUACCUGAAAUAUGCCCCAGUACCUACAGCAAUGGAAACAAUAGCGGCGACGGCAGCGGCAGCAGCAGUACCGCAAGCAAAGUUUCCGAAAGCAGUACAAAUGAAAGCGGCACAAGUAAUGAUAACAGCAACACCACAACCAAAAAACUGUCCUUGGAGGAAGAGAAUCGUCAACUGAAAGACGCCCGACUGUGCAAAGUGUGCAUGGAUGAUGAUGUGGCCGUUGUUUUCUUGCCAUGCGGGCACCUUGUGACUUGCGUGCAGUGCGCGCCGAGCGUGACAGCAUGUCCAUUAUGUCGAACGGCUAUCAAAGCAUUUGUUCGAACAUUUUUAUCGUAAAUCGAAAAUUCCUUGAAUCGAAAAUAAAAAAAAAAUCUCGAAAAUUAAACGAAUUGGAUCUGAUUCAAUAAUAAUUUGCUAAACUACUAAAACUAAAUUGAGACUCAACAAAGAAUGACACAAAUUUUAAAAUGGAUAAAAGAAAAUGAAAAGAGAAUAUAUAUUUCUUAUGUCACAAUUUUUAUUUUUUGUUCAAAUUCGUCCAUUAUGAAUCUAAUGUCUAAUGUCACAGUCAAAUGACUUCAAAUUGACCACGAUUUUAGUUUAAAACUUAAUAUACAUCUAAAUAUAUAUAUUGUCUUUUGAAAUUUAUGUGUAUGUCCAAUUCCAAUUUUAUUUUAUUUUUUUAACUGUGUGUCUUAAUGACAUUUGACUACUGAAAAUAGAUUUUAUUCAUUGAAAAACCAAAAUGUCUCGCAUUAUUUUUUUUGUUGUGGUUAUUGUUGUUGGUCCAACAUGAAAUGUACAACGCAAAUCAUAAAAACAAAUUAUAUGCGAAUUUCGUGUAAUUUACAGGAAAUUAUCUAUAAAGUCACAUGCAUUCUUAGUGUUAAGGCACAUAUCUACAAAGUUAUGAUAAAACUAUUUAUUCUAGAUGAAAUAUUUACAAGCUACAACAACACAAAACAGCAAUUGUGUAAUGUAAUAAUUAUUUACAAUAAUUUAGCGAAGGAAAUAUAGAGAA